CUAGCAGGACCAGUGCUUACCAAGUACUCGGUUUUGAACUAUAUUAACACGAUGGCAACUGGAGCCAAACGACCCAAGGUUACAAUUUAAUAAUUUCAAACCAAAAAACAAAGAUGAUUAAUCUUGGGCUGUUUGUACAUGUGUGUUUGUAUCACUUAGAUAUCAUACAACGUAGAGCAAGCUUCACGUGUGAGUAACGUUAGCUGCUUCAGGUUCAUGUGUUGUUUUAUAUUGUUAUGUACGGUGAAGUUAAGUUCAAUGGACUUAACAUAACGUUAUCUAGCCAUAGUUAUUAACGUAGUUACAAUGUUUACACUGUUGGUGCGGUAGAGAUGACUGUCACUGUAUGAAGUAAAACUAAAGCUCCGUAUCACUAGGUUACACAUACCUGCUCACAUUAAUAACUCAAGAUGUAUCCAUGCGCUAACAGGUGGAUACGGUUUCAGAGAUGAAUCCGCUGCAGAACUUUCUACAGUGGUGCAACACAGUCGGCCUGAGACUCAGCCAUAAGGUGUGUGUGAGUAAAGAGGGAACAGUGGCAGAGUAUGGGAUGCUGGCUAAAGACAACAUAGAGGAGGGGGAGGUUUUGUUCACCAUCCCCAGAUCAGCUGUUCUCCACCAGGAAACAACCAAGGUUUCUGCCGUGCUGGAGAAAGAAAAGUCAUCUCUGGAGAGCUCGUCGGGCUGGGUUCCCCUGCUGCUGGCUCUGCUGUAUGAAUAUACAUCUUCGCAGUCCCAAUGGAAACCCUACCUGUCUCUGUGGGCCAACUUCAAGACACUGGACCACCCCAUGUUCUGGUCUAAAGAGGAGAGGGACGGACUACUGAGGGGAACGGGUAUUCCAGAGGCUGUAGAGACAGACCUGGCGAACAUCCAGAGGGAAUACACAAACGUGGUUCUUCCCUUCAUCAGAAAGCACCCUGACCUCUGGAACCCCGGCACACACACACUGGAGCUCUACACACAGCUUGUGGCCUUUGUCAUGGCCUACAGUUUCCAAGAGCCACAGGAAGAGGAGGAUGAUGAUAAAGAUGACGAGGAGGAGGAAGAGGAGAAAACGAAACCCCAUACCAACAUGAUGGUUCCAAUGGCUGACAUGCUUAACCAUGUGUCUAAUCACAAUGCUAUUCUGGAGUUUACGCUGGACAGUUUGAAGAUGGUCUGCGUUCGCCCCAUUCAUAAGGGCGAGGAGGUGUUUAACACUUACGGGCAGCUGGCCAACUGGCAGCUGCUGCACAUGUACGGCUUCACGGAGCCACAUCAAAGCAACAGCAACGACACCGUUGACAUUCCCAUCAUCAACCUCUACAAAGUCGCAACACAAGGUGUUCAGUCUGAUCUGGCCCGGCAGCUGGUGGAGGAGAAGUGGGAGAUGCUGCUUGAGUUGAUGCAAGAGAAAGCAACCUUUGUGUUUGGCAAACAGGGCUGCCUUACAGAUACAGAGCUGCAUUCUGUGCUCAAGGUGCUGUGCAUGUCAGAGGAGGAGUUCUCAGAGUUCAAAGACCACGAAGGAUGGGAGGAAGAUGAGGAAGACGAGAUUUCCCUUGCUUUCUCUUACGAGGGUCUCCCUGGAUUAAAUGCUUCGUGGAAAUGGCUAAUUCAUGAAGCCGCCCGUCUGACUGCGAGUUCCUACGGAGACUGGGAGGAGGGAAGGUCUGCACCUGAGGGACUGAGCAGCCGGCAGCAGCGUGCCCUUCAGGUGCGCUGCGGACAGAGGAGCAUCCUGCACAGACUGAUGGAGCUCACCAAGUCAUGACUCUAGCAGUGAGGCAGACCACAUGAGGAAUUUCUUUUGAUAUCAAGAAGCACACCAAAAUGUCUCCUAAAAUACCCUGUCAAUAAAUAUUUUUUUUCAAAUGUCAAAUGAUUUGUGCACUUA